AUGGUUGAUUAUUGGGAGACUGAAGAAGCACAACAAAGGAGUGUCACCUACUCUAAAGCUCGUAUGUCUGAUCGUGGUGGUCUUGGUCCUCACGUCCACUUAUCAGGUUCAAAGUCUUAUCAACAAAUCCAUAACGAAAUGGAAAAGGAAUUGGGAAGACCGGUUAGUCUUGGUGAGGUUUUUAUUAAGACACAUACCAAGCCAGAUGGUACUUAUGUUGACAGGAAGGCAGAGCAAAUCUCUCUCAAUUAUGAGAAGAACUUGCAGCAGAAGUUGUCCGACCUUGGGGAACAUACUUCACAGCCUCCAGAGCUCACAGCAGAUGAUUACACAAACAUCUUUAUUCAGUCUACUCAGAAAGAUUCACGAGGAAACCUGUAUGGAGUUGGAAGUCUUAAGCAUACUCUUCAACCUCUUCUCAAUGGCUUGGCAAACCAACAACAAGAGUCUGCAAUGUUUCAGUCAUUGCAAGAGCAAAUGAGGGAAACUCAACGUCAAAUCGAAGAGCAGGCUGCUUAUAAUUCUCGCCGUGAUGCAGAGGUUGCUGCUCGUGAUGCAGAGCUUGCUGCCCGUGAAGCACUACAUUUCCAAGCUGUGGCUGAGCAGAAGGACAAGUUAGAGCAUUUGUCCUUAGUCGAGAAGUACCUGCGCAAAACUGACCCUGCCUUUAUAGAGUUUAUGAAGACUCAAUCAGCUGAAGCAACCACAGAGCCACUCUCAACCACACUCCCUGCAACAGCUCCACCUUCAAAUCCGGUUCCUUAACAGUGAUGCUUUGUAGGUUAACU